AUGACACAAAUUGUGCUGAAAACUACGAUAAUGAAAUUUCUCAGGAUCAACAAGAAGCCUUCACGGCGGCUCCACUCUCUGCUUAUCUGUAUGCCAAAGCUCUCGUAUCAGGCUCGGGCCAAAUCGUUUAUCUCGACCAACCAUCGGCGCUCUUUCAAUCAUUUCCCUCCCCCGUCUUCCUACUAA